UAUUAAUUUUUGACAAACAGCUGAUUACUAACCCAUUUUCAAACUAAAAAAAUCGUGCAUAAACAAAUAAAUAAUAAAGAAAUAGAAUGAUGAAAUAGAAUAUGCAUCUUGGUCAAAACAUUUCAUUUCGUUUAACUCAAAUAUUUGUUAACAUAAAUAAUGUUAUUUACACCAAUAAUUAAACGAAAGAAAGGUUCCGGCAAAAACUUACUGCAACCACCUUUCCCUGAUGGCUCAACUGUAAUUGGAGUAUUCACCGGUAUUUCGGUUGAAAUUUAUGGCGCGGAAGAUAUUAAAAAAGUAAAUGAAAAUGGAUUUUAUGGAAAAGGCAGUAAAUCAAGAGGAGCGCCAAAAUUAUUGACAAAGGGAAUCGUCGAUGAUACCGAGAGCCUAUCACUGGAAUUGGAAGAGUCUGCCUUCCUGGCUUAUUUUCACGGUAUUUUAUGUAUUCAGGAUAUCCAAUCUAAGAAAUUGCAAUAUAAUGAAUUUUUCGAAGCUGCGAAGAACGUAAAUCCGAAUUUUUUAGAAUGCCUCGGUUGUUAUCUAUAUCUAAAGUCAAAAGGUUGGAUUAUUAAAAGUGGUAUUAAAUUUGGUGGCAAUUUUUUAAUUUAUAAAAGAGGACCGCGCUACAAUCAUGCAAGCUUCAUAAUAUUUGUGCAACCUAAAUCCAAUACAAAAGCUAUAUCAAUCAAAGAUCUUAAAGGACUUCAGCGCAUUGCCGAAACUUCAGAUAAAGAUGUGCUGCUGCUAGAAGUAACGAAACCAGAUGUUUUAACUUAUAAUAUUAUUUCUGAUAUUACUGCUCUAAAAAUUUCCGAAACAAUAGUACGACGAUUUAACAGCACUUCAUUUGUACAAAGUCAAAAGAUAACGAAAUGAAUUAUAUUGAACAAUAACAAUUA